AUGUUAUCAUCAACAAAUGACAAUCUAAUCAACCUGAACACAAUCAUCAACCUCAAUCCAAUAUCAAAUCAAAUCGAAUUUCAUCCUGAACUUCUCAAUACUAUCCUUCAACUUUUAAACUCAUCAUCAUCAUCGAUCGAAAGACCAUCAACUGAUUUAAGUUUAUCAAAUCAUUUCAGUUCAUUGAUCUUAGCAACACUACCACCUGCCUACUCAAGCACAAGUCAACACCAAAUCACACCAGAACAACUCAUCAGUUUCUUAGCGGAUGACUUGUUUUCAAAAUUCAAUACUGAAACUCAACCUAGUAGAGUAUCAGAAUUGAUUGCGGACUCGAUUUGGGUGAUUGAACAAUCUAUUGAAGCUAAUCGAUCUAUAACUCAAGAGACCAUCAAAAAUGCUCAAUCUCCUACUCCUACUGCAACAGAACGACUAUCCAUUCUUUCAUCAGCUAGACAAUCACUCAUCGAUCUUUCAAAACUGUUGAUCUCUCCUAAUUCAAAUCCUCGAGGCAUCUGUAUCUUAGACAUCAAUCAUUGUAAAUUAAGUUGGGAAUAUGGUUUCUUAUCUGAACUUGGAAUCAUUCCUUUUACGGCUGAUCUUAUUGGAAAACAAGCCACCAGACUUAACACAGGACUUCACUACAAACAACAAAGAUUCAAUUUAUUACGAGAAGAAUCAGAAGGAUAUUCACAUCUAGCCACCGAAUUACUCUCAUCAAUGGGUCCAGGAACGACAGCAGAUCUAGUCCAAUCAACCAGUCAAGGGGAGCCUACUUCGUAUCCUAAUCUGAGAUCAAUCCUGAUUCCUGGUGAAUCCGAAAAAAUGUUAAGCGCAAGAAUAGAGAAAGUGAUCAAUAAUGUGAAGGCUUUGAUUGGAUUCUUUGACCUCGAUCCAAAUCGAACACUGGAUAUCAUCUUGGAUGUCUUUUGUUAUAGCGUUACCACUCAUCAUAAUUUCUUUUGUGGCUUGCUAAAGAAGACGCAUUGGUUCAAAAAAUCUAAUCUGCCGACGACUACCGAUGAUCGUAAUACAACACCGAGUGUAGGAAACGGCUUUCAAGGUGUCAAGGAAUGUGAAAAUACCAAUUCUGGCUCAAAAUUGAUCUCCUCGUUACUUGGAUUCAAAUUUGUACAUUAUCAAAACCCCGAUGAAACUGAUUCAACACCUGAAGAGCUCUAUCUGAUGACUGCAAUUUUGAUUUGGCAAAAGAUCAUUUCUUUAUCUGAUAUUCUUUCUCAUCUAACACCUGAUCCUGAAGGUAUCAAGAAAAUGGAAUCAGAUUGGAAAGAUGAGGUUUAUAAUCAAGCUGCUGCUUCUGGACCUAAGAAUGCACUUAGUAUGGCAGGUGCAUUAGACGGUUCAUCUUCACUUGUACUUUCUUCAAAUUCGAAACUUCCUCAAAACAAAUCAUCAACCGACACCUCGAAGCAUAGAGAAGCUCUAAAUCAAAAAACAGGACUCUUGAAUGCUUUGUUGUCGAUCGGAGCCCUUCAAGAAUCUAUCUUUUUACUCUCCUUACCUAAUCAUCAAUUCUUAGCCUUUCGAAAUCCAUCCAUCUCUGGAUUGUUAUUAAGAUUAAUCGAUGUGGCUAUCUCUCCUGCUUUCAUCAAUGCUGGACUAUCACUCGCUGAUCCAGAAAUCAAGGAAAAACUUUCACGACCGAAGAGAAAAUAUGUUGGUGGAGCGUUACAUCAAUUAGUAGAAGCUGAAACACCUAAAGCUGUUCUAUCAUCCAAAGUCGGACCGAAACCUUCAUCAUUAAUUCCAACUGUACCAGCUACUAUUACUAAAACCGAAUGGGUAUUUUUCUGGGAUCAUUGGAAAGAUAGAAUUCCUGAAGCCAAGAAUGGAGAAGAAGUGUUGGAUUUGGUUUGGCCAUUGAUGAAAUUCGUAGGACCAUAUGGGAAUAUGAAUACAUCAGUGUUUCAUAAGAUUUCAAAAUUGACUGCUAAAGCUUUUGAAGGUGAAAUUGAAAGUACUGAUAUUAGAUGGCAACAUAUCUUACGAUGGUAUCUUUUACCUUCACUUUCGAUGAUGGAAGGAUCUAUUGCUGCUUCAAAUUAUGUUUGGGGUAUACUUGAAAAAUUUCCGUAUGAAAGUCGAUAUAUGAUUUAUGGAGAAUGGAAAGAAAGAAUUUAUAAUCGGAUACCUGAAUUAAAAGUUCAAAGAGUCAAAGCUGAUAAUGAAACCAAGCGAGUUUUAAAAACGAUGACAUCUGAAAAUCUGAAAGAAAAAUCAAGAGCUUUAGGAAAACUAGCAUCAUCGAAUCCUUGUAUUGUUUUUAAUGCUGCUUUACAUCAAGUUCAAACUUACGAUAAUUUGAUUACUUGUGUCAUUGAGACUUUACGGUAUUUGAACAUUUUCUCAUUAGACGUUUUAACUUAUUCGAUUGUCGAAUUUUUAUCAAAUCCAGAUAAAGAUAGAUCUAAAUCAGAUGGAUGUAAUUUAGCAUCUUGGUUACAAAACUUGGCUAAAUUCGUUGGAAAUGUAUUCAAAAGGAAUUUAAUUUUAGAUCCGACUAUCAUUUUACAAUAUUUAUCUAAUCAACUUUCAAAAGGAAAUUCAAAAGAUUUAAUAAUUUUAAGAGAAAUGAUUAGUAAGAUGGCAGGAAUUGAUGUGCUAGUUGAUCUUUCUAAUUCACAAGUGAUUGGUUUAAGUGGUUCGAUGACUCUUAGAUCUGAAGCUAUUUCGCCUACUACUCUUACUGUAAAGAAAACUUCAAUGUUUAAUAAAAGUUCGAAUCGGUUGAUGAAGGCUUUGAAACAGUCGGGUUUAUUGGUGCCUAUUUUAGUUUUGGUUGCCUUACAACGUCAAAAUGCGGUUCUAUUGGCUGAUGAAGAUGCUCAUUUGAAGUACCUUGGUGUCUUGGCUGAUAAUUGUCAGCAAGUUUUAUUUCAAUACUUGGAAUUCUUACAGUCUCAACUUGAUUUAGAUCAAUAUUCGAAAAUCUUACCAUCAAUUUCGGAAAUGUGGGGAAAAUUCAAUUUGGAACCAUCAAUUGUGUUUCAUACAUGGAGACCAAUCUUAGCUAAUCAAGUUAGACCGAUGGUUAAAAUUGGAAAUGAUGGUGAGGUUAUCAUGGUUAAGAGUGAUGUUGAUGUAGUGAUGGAGAAUGCAGGAGAGAUCGAGAAUGGUGCGAAUGGGAUUGGUGAACAGGCGCAAUAUCCUAGUAGUCUUGAUCCGGUUGUUGCGGUGGCUGAAAAUAUGUUAUCAGAACAAACUAGGAAACUAGUCGGGUCACAUUUCUUUGUCACUUUUUGGCAAUUGGAACUUUAUGAUAUCAGAAUGCCAGAUGAAAGAUAUUUAGCAGAAACGACUAGAUUGAAUAAUCUUUUAACUGAAUUAGAUCGAGAAUAUGCUAAUCCGAAUCCAUUAACAUUCAAUAAGGAUUUAAAUAGGGCAACAAGAGCUAAGAUUUUAGAGAUUCGUUCGACACUGACUAAAGAGAUGAAAGUUCAUAUUAAACAUUACGAAUUAACUAGAGCUAGAUUGGUGGCUGAGAAAUCUUUUUGGUUUUCACAAAUCUCGGGUAGAUCACCAUUACGAGCUCAAUUACUUGAACACAUCAUUCAACAUUGUUUAAACCCAAGAUCAAAACUAUCACCAGUAGAUGCAGCCUAUACAGCUCAAUUUGUGAAAACCAUUCAUAGUUUGGGUACUUCAUCAUUUAUGACAUUAAAAUUAUUUGAUCGAAUCUUUUCACCGGAUGUAGGACCUACCAUCUUUGUUUGUUCGGAAACAGAAGCAAGUAAUUAUGGAAAGUUUUUAAGAGAUUUAUUAGGUUUAAUUAAAACUUGGUUUGAUGAUGAAAAGAUCUUUAAAAAAACUGGUUUAGGUAAAGAUAAAAAAGGUAAUUAUUUACCUGGUUUACGUAUGAAAUUAAAAGGUGGGAAUGGGGAUGAAACUCCUGUUAAUGGAAAUGGAAAUGGGACAAAUGGGAAUGGAAAUGGAAAUGGAAAUGGGAAUGGGAAUGGGAAUAAUGGGGCGAUUCCUGAGAGUGAUAUGUUAUCUCAUGAUAAUUUACAAAAGGUUUUCAAAAAGUGGACGGGUGUGAUGUCCAGUGUUUGUAAGGAUGCGAUUCAAUGUGGUGAAUAUAUGCAUAUUAGGAAUAGUAUUGCCGUUUUGAAAGAAUUGGAUGGAUUAGUACCUUUGUUUGAAGAUCAAGCUGUUCUUUUGGAAGGAGCAGUGACAGGACUAUUGAAGAAUGAAAAAAGAGAAGAUGUUAAGGUUUUGGUCUAUGGAUAUCAAUCAAUGUUGAAACGAGCUGCAAAAUUUGUGAUUAAAAAUAAAACUCCAGCUUCUAGUUCGGCUUCAUCAAGUCUAGCUACAAGAAAACUGGACAAUAAAGAUAAAGCUCCUCCAGCUCCCUCAACUACAACCGGUCUACCAACAGUAGUGGCCCCACCUCCUGUUCAGUCAACAACAUCGACUGCUACGGUCUCAAAUGAUCAGCCCCCACCGGCACCUAACGUGCUAUCGACAAAAAUAAAUGGAAACGGGAUCGUCACUCAGCCCGACUUGCGACCACCUCAAUCAUCUACUUCCUCCCGACCAGCCGGUUUACCUGAAAGACCUACAUCUCGUCUUGCCCCACCACCUCCUUCAUCCGCAGCGAGCGUUGGGCGUCACGAAGCUGAUAGGAAGUUAGCUGCUCAAGGACCACCUCGUCCACCUGCACCUAAUCUCGCCCCACCUGCACCACGACAUCCUACGAACGUCGAGCUUGAAAAGAAUGGGAGAUCUGGAACAGAUUUAACGAACGCCAAGGCUAUAGCACCUCCUUCAAGACCUUCAGCCGAAGCUAGUGAAAGAGAAGCAUUGGCUCGAGCUGCUGUUCAACGAUCUCGCAAGUUUGCCACUAAUUCGAAUGGUGCUCUCUCUCAAAACCCGAAUAGCGUUAUCCCAAAUCCUAACACGAGUAGCCUUCCGGGUUCUAAUUCACCCGGAACAGGGGUAGUGUCUUCAUCACCUCGACUCAAAGAAACUUGGCCACCAGCUGAUGAUCCUCGUAGUACUCAACAUCGUCAUAUGAUGGCUUCUUCUGGGGUUCGAUCGAAUUUGAGUAGUCCUAGUAUGAUGAAUGGAAAAGUUUUAGACAGUGGCCCAGGAGGAGCUCGUUAUGUACCAUCUGGACCGAAAUCAUUAACAUCAAGAACGAUGAGUGGCAAAACAGAAGAAAUGAGACCACCUUCAGCACCUAAAGCAGAACAAACUCAAAGGUUUCAACCUCAUUCUUCACCCGUGACCUCAUUGGUUAAUUCAAGUCCAAGACAUUUGAGAGAUCAAAGUAAUGUCAAACGUGGAGGAACAGAUGAUCAUCGGAUUAGAGAAAGAUCGAUUACUGAAGGAGCAACAGAAUAUACAAGAAGAGAACCAAGAGAAGAACAUCAUCGGAGGACUAGAGGAGAGGAAUCUAGUGGAAGUCGAACUAGACAAGGUAGUGUUGAAUCCAUUAGAUCAGGUAGAGAUCGAGAGAAGAGAAGUAAUGGGAAUAGUAGUGGUGAGAAGAGGAAGAGGUCUAGAUCUCCUUUGCCUGGAACGUCCACUCCAACGAUUGAUUUAACUCGAGGUCAUCAUCGUGAUCAUCGUGAGAGGGAUCGUGAUCGUGAUAGGGACCGUGAUAGAGAUCGAAGUGAUAGAGGGGAGCGAAGUACCAGGGAACGAGACCCGGACAGAGAACGGGAUCGAGAUCGAGAACGGGAUCGAGGAGAACGGGGAGAACGGGAUCGGGAUCGAAAGGAUCGAGAGACACGACAUACUACGAAGGAAAAGGAGAAAGAUGGUGGAGAGACGCGUGAAAAGGAUCGAGGUGUGAGUGGUAGUGGUGAACGAAGAUCACAUAGAAGAGAUAAAGAAAAGGAAAAAUUAGAAGAAGAAGUUGGUAGUACCAAAAGACGAAAAGUUGCAGAAACAGGAGGGAAUGGAACGACAGGAACCACAGAUAUGAUGAACAUUCCAUCUGGACCAAGAGCAUUACAAAACCAAAUUCAUCAUUCACAACAUCAACACCAACAUCAACAUCCACAUCAACAUCAAAGAUUAUCUAAUAAUGGAAACACAAGAAUGGGAGUCAACAAUGGAUCCAUACCGAUGAAUCGAACAGAACAUUCACAAGAAAUGAUUGUUAUGGAUAAAGGAGGAAAUAUGAUUACAGAACCAAAGAAGAAUAUCAGUAUUAGAGGCAUGGCAGCUAAUGCAUUACAGAAAGCAAAUGAAGAUAAUGCAAGAAAAGAUCAUCGAAAAGAUUCUGCUACUUCGCUUCCUUCAUCAGCUGUAAUGAUGGAAGGCGGGGCAACAUUAUUAGCUAGAAUGACAGAUGAAAGUAAAAAUGGAGAGGAUAGCUCUAAUGGAAAACGUAAAGGAGGAACAACAACUACAACAACAGAAGAUCAAGAGAAUGGAAGAAGACGAAAAGGAUCUGGAGUGGUUGUAGAAAAAAGAAGAGAUAGAAGUCGAGAGAAAGGUGAAAGAGAAAGAGGCGAAAGAGGUGAUAAAGAAAGGGAUAGAGGUGAUAGAGGUGAUAGAGAUAGAAGUGAUAGAGAUAGAAGUGAUCGAGGUGAUAAAGAUAGGGAUAGGGAUAGGGAUAGAAGUAAGAAAAGUAGUAGACAUUGAAAAAGUCAUGGGGUUUUUCUCAGAUUUUCUUUUUUUUCAUUCUUUUCUCUUGUGUUAUAUUCGAUUGGAAGAAAUAAACAGAAAGUUGGAAUGAGAUUGAGUUUCUUUUUUUUGAAAAUAAACAGUUUGGUUUUUGUGAAAGUAGUUAUGGUUGAUAGUUUGAAAGAAAUUGAAAAUGAAAUGAAAUUUGUUUAGGUUUAAAAGG